AACUGCUGUAAUGGGCCAACAUUGGAUGCAGCUGGAUCGGCACCUCACCCAUCUGGACCCAGCACUCUUCUCAAUCUUGGGAAAGGCUGUUGUUCCAUAUGGAUAGAUUAUGGGAGCAAAGGAGGCUUUAUAAUGCACCACCUAAUUUAGAAGGUUUACAGGAGCUCCAACAGGCAGUCCUGCUUGUACUUGUUACUGCAGUCCGGGCUCAGACGGCAGCGCUGCAGGAUACUGCAGCACUGCAGCAAAACAAUGCACUGCUGCGUGAUAUCUGAGCCUUGUGUCAAGCAGGGCUUGAUCAAAAUGCACCAUUAAACAGCGGCUCACAACCCUUGUGUAGUCCUUGUUUGGAAUCAAU